AUGUGCCCAGUUUUGAGUACACCAAUUGAUUGGAAGGAAACCCCAGAUGCUCACAUUUUCAUGGCAGAUCUUCCUGGGCUAAGCAAAGAGGAUGUGAAGGUUGAAGUGAGUGAAGGAAGAAUUUUGCAAAUCAGUGGGGAGAGGAAAUCAGUGGAGGAUUCUGAUAAAAAUACUGAGAAAUGGCAUUGCGUCGAGCGCAACCGUGGCCGCAGUUUUUGCCGCCAGUUUCGGCUGCCGGAGAAUGCUAAAGUUGAUCAACUUAAGGCCUCCAUGGAUAGCGGUGUCCUCACUGUUACUGUUCCAAAAGAGAAGGUGAAGGUGCCAGUGAAAAAAACUAUUGAAAUUGAAGAAAAUUAA